AGCUCUCAGGGGUACGUGUUCAAAUUUGGUGGACUUAUGAUCAACUGGAAGUCAACAGUCCAACGCACAGUCACAAAAUCUACUACAGAAUCAGAACUACUCUCACUGUUGCUCACUGCCUCACAGAUGGAGGAGUGGAUGCAAUUCUUUGCUGGCAUCAAUCUCACGCUUGACUGUACACCUACAAUCUGGUGUGACAAUCAACAGACUGUUGGUAUUGUCACAAAGCAGCACAACAAGCUUCACACAAAAGUCAAACAUAUAUCCACCAGCUCUGGAUUUGACAGGAGGUCACUGCCUCACAAAUCAAUGUUCAAUGGGUUCCUACUGCUCAUAUGCCUGCUGACGGACUCACAAAGAUACUACCAAAGCAAAAGUUUGCAGAGUUUAUCCGCCAGCUUGGCCUGGUAGACAUUACAGAGCGUCUCAAGGGUCUACAUCAGGUCAACAUGGACAACCUUGACAGUGUUAUCCAAUACUGAUCAGCUGUUGUUGACUCUCCGCCUUUGAGUCUACACCAGCUGGGGGGUGUGUCACGGUUCAGGGUGCUCCUGCCUGUCGAGCCUCACCUGCCAUGAGAGUGACUGCCACAUCACACUAGCGUUGUUUACCGCUACUCACCUAUACAUACUGUCCGUAGCUUCACACAAUACAACCUCAGUUCAAUCCUUCAAAUCUUCCCACAGCGUACUGAUCACUCACGAUCCACGCCCCAACAG